AUGGUGCUCAACGUAGCCGCCAUGAGCACUCGCUUCCAAGACCAAAUCGUGUCCGACGAAGUCUUCCUUGGCCAAUGCCUUGACGAGUUCUCCGACACCAUGGACCGACAAGACGAGGUCAGCGACUCUACCUGUCGCGUCCUCGACAAAAUCCUGGGCGACAGCGGUGAAGAAGGCGUUCGGGUCAUGACGAACUUCACACGUCGCGAGUUCGACAUUCUGUGGAGGUACGUUGAAGUCACGCUCAAGGCCCGAUGGCAGGACGGUCGUGGAUCGAAAUCCACAACAAGCCCCAAGGGCGCCUUGUUCAUGACGCUGACUGUGCUCAAGCACUACCACACGUGGGAGAAGUACACCAUGGACUUUGGAUAUAGUCCGCCCACGUUCCAAAAGCUGAUUCUGCAGGUCAUCGAGUCUGUGGGCCCGAUGCCAAGCAUGUCCGACCUUCGAGCCCAAGACACCGUGUUUGAGAAGUACCCUACUCAUUGUAUCAUUGUAUGCGUGGGACGUCAAGUUUUAGCCGUCGGAGCGCCCUGCCGGUCGCCAUGGGGAAGCCAAACCGUACUUAAGUGUCAAGCACAAGUUGUAUGGCUCAUGAUCGAAGCCUCUGUGCCACCGCAAGGUCACCUGGUGGACAUGAGUGCUGCACAUCUCGGCGCCGUGGCUGACUUGACGAUUCUGCGCACCCGCAUGGACCAACACCACGAGGCGCUGAAGAAGACCGAACAAGAGCUGAACAUCAUCGACCACGGCGAGCAAGUAGAUGCCCACCGCGACAAGUGGGCAUUCCUCGUUGACAAGGGCUACUACGGUGCCAUGGCGUGGUACCGGUCUGUGAUUGCCCGCUACGGAAUAUGGUUAUAUCGACAAGUGGAGAGGCGUGCGGAAAACCAGCGUAGUUCGCGCUACUGUCGCAUUGAACGACUUGCACUUAAAGGGGGCGACGGAUUUUAA